UCAAGAGACAAAAACAUGCGUGAAUGUAUCUCUGUCCACGUCGGCCAAGCUGGAUCGCAGAUAGGCAAUGCAUGCUGGGAGCUGUACUGCCUGGAGCACGGCAUCCAGCCAGACGGUCAGAUGCCCAGCGACAAGACCAUUGGAGGGGGUGACGACUCAUUCAACACCUUCUUCAGUGAGACUGGAGCUGGCAAACACGUUCCCAGAGCUGUGUUUGUGGACCUGGAGCCGACAGUCAUCGAUGAGGUCCGCACAGGAACCUACCGCCAGCUCUUCCACCCUGAACAGCUGAUCACUGGAAAAGAAGAUGCAGCAAACAACUACGCCCGUGGUCACUACACCAUUGGCAAGGAGAUCAUCGACCUGGUUCUUGACAGGAUUCGUAAACUGGCUGACCAGUGCACAGGGCUCCAGGGGUUCCUCAUCUUCCACUCCUUUGGAGGAGGGACCGGCUCUGGCUUCACCUCUCUGCUGAUGGAGCGUCUCUCUGUCGACUAUGGCAAAAAGUCCAAACUGGAGUUUGCCAUCUAUCCAGCCCCCCAAGUGUCCACCGCUGUGGUGGAGCCCUACAACUCCAUCCUCACCACCCACACCACCCUGGAGCACUCUGACUGUGCCUUCAUGGUUGACAAUGAGGCCAUCUAUGACAUCUGCCGCAGGAACCUGGACAUUGAGCGUCCCACCUACACCAACCUCAACAGGUUGAUCGGACAGAUAGUCUCCUCCAUCACCGCCUCCCUGCGUUUUGACGGUGCCUUGAAUGUAGACCUGACAGAGUUCCAGACUAACCUGGUGCCCUACCCUCGUAUCCACUUUCCUCUGGCCACCUACGCCCCAGUGAUCUCAGCUGAGAAGGCCUAUCAUGAGCAAUUAUCAGUUGCAGAGAUCACCAACGCCUGCUUCGAGCCAGCCAAUCAGAUGGUGAAAUGCGAUCCCCGCCAUGGAAAAUACAUGGCCUGCUGCCUGUUAUUUCGUGGUGAUGUAGUGCCCAAAGACGUCAACUCUGCCAUCGCCACCAUAAAAACAAAGCGCAGCAUCCAGUUCGUGGACUGGUGUCCCACAGGCUUCAAGGUGGGCAUCAACUACCAGCCACCCACUGUGGUCCCUGGAGGAGACCUGGCCAAGGUGCAGAGGGCCGUGUGCAUGCUGAGCAAUACCACCGCCAUCGCCGAGGCCUGGGCUCGCCUUGACCACAAAUUUGACUUGAUGUACGCCAAGAGGGCCUUUGUCCACUGGUACGUCGGAGAGGGGAUGGAGGAGGGUGAGUUCUCCGAGGCCAGGGAGGACAUGGCCGCCCUGGAGAAGGAUUAUGAGGAGGUGGGCACUGACAGUAUUGGGGAUGAAGGAGAGGAAGAAGGGGAGGAAUAUUAAAAUAUGAAAUAAACA